CACGAUUCGGGACGGUGCUGCUGCGGCAGACGAUGCACAGGCUAGUGCGCAAGAGACACUUUGCGACGCCGCAGCUGAGGGAAGAGCAGAAAAAGGAAACCAGUUGCGGGAGGGGACGCUUGCCUCCAACUCCAGCCGCUCCAGGAGCGGAGCAAUCUGUACAGGUGCUGGAAGGAGGAGGUGCCUGGAAUGUCGCAAUGCAGACGUACAAUCAGAAUAGCAAAUAUGGGGAACUCACCCGCAAUCUCCGAGAAACCCAGCUUGGAGGGGUGAUCUUUGGUUGCAAGUAUGAUACAAUUGAUGAAUGCUUCAAAAAACAGCUAUUUGGCCUGCCUUCAGUCCAUUAUUCUUAUGUGAGGAAUGUCAAACCGGGGAUGCCUUUAUUUCUAUUCAACUAUAGUGACAGAAAGCUCCAUGGAAUUUUUGAGGCUGCAAGUCCUGGUCAGAUGUACAUUGACCCAUAUGCUUGGAGUAAUGAUGGCUCUUUAAGGACAACCUUUCCAGCACAGGUUCGCAUUUGCACAAAGACUCGGUAUCCACCCCUGCUGGAGAGCCAAUUCAAAACAUUGCUUGGUGACAACUAUUAUAACCACCACCACUUCUAUUUUGAGCUUGACCAUGCACAGACAAGAGCAUUAAUUUCUUUGUUCAAAUCACUUGCUCCUGCUAAUCUCAAUCAAGUUCCAGCUGUUUCAAGCAAAAGGAAUCUUGCAGUAUCGCCAUUACCAACUAAAAUGAAGCUACCAGCUGUUCCUGACCCAAAGAAAGUCACAGAAAAUCCUAUGGAAACCAAUCCGUUUAGUGUUUUAUCAAAUAGGGCCUCUCCAUUCAGCUGGGCUGAUGAUGUGGACAGUGCUAGUAAAAGGGGUGUACCCAGUGCCGUAGGCUCCCCGCACUGUGCGGGGUCUGGGGAAGGGUUGUUUGACAGUGCUAGUAACACUGAUGAAAAGAAAUCUGAGGACCUACUUUCUGAUUGUGAUGAUUUGGAUGACAAUCUUCUUCAAGACCAAUUUGUUCCUCAUUCAAAUCCCGAUGAGGUCAGUCAGAAUGCCUCAGACAAAACUGUUGACCAAGGAGUGGAGCUUGUUGAAUGCAACAAUCCAGUUGCUAAUCCUGUGAACGGAGAAAGAGUCAACAUUGAUGAACCAAUGCUUUUGAACACACUCAAUGAUCAAAAUGGUGCUGUGAAUGUUGAUGAAAUAGAGAGUGAGGUUCACAAUAGUCCAAGUGGUGUUGGGCUGCAGCCUGAAAGACAGACUAUACUGGAAAAGUUGAAAGAAUUAUCUUUUCACCGACAGCUGGUGGCAGUAUCUUCUCAGGAUUGUGUUGAUUGCAGUUCAGAUCAAUGUGUACCUGAUGAAACACAGAUGAGUGCAAACCUUUGCUGUGACCCAUUUGAUCCUGCAAUGCAUGAUAAAACCUCAUCUGAUGAGUUCCAUGGAAAUGAUGAGCUGCUGCAAAUCAUCACUGCUUUAACCAAGAGGACUGAAGCAUUGGAGAAGAAGCUGAUUGUCUCGGACCAAGAAAUACUUUCAUUGAGGGAAGUGGCUAAGGACUCGGGAAGAAAAGUUCAGCAACUGGAAUACCUUGUAGAUGAGUUACAAUUCAAAUUUGACUCUUCUCUGUCUCAUCUUGGAAGCAUGUGCUAUACUCUAGCAAAGCCAUCAAUAUUCCUGAUUGGUGGUUAUAAUGGCGUGACCUGGUUAUCAUCUCUUGAAUCUUUUUCUCCUGAGAAAGAGACACUGGUGGGUCUCACACCAAUGAGUUCUCCACGCUCAUAUGCAUCUGCUAUUGCUUUAGAUGGUCACAUAUUUGCUUUUGGUGGUGGAGAUGGCAUGUCAUGGUACAACACAGUGGAAUGCUAUAGUUCAAGGAAUAAUGAGUGGACGGAAUGUCCCUCCUUGAACCGGAAGAAAGGAAGUCUUGCUGGAAUAUGUCUUAAUGAGAAGAUAUAUGCUAUUGGUGGAGGAGAUGGAAAUGAAACUUAUUCAGAAGUUGAGAUGUUCGAUCCAUAUCUUGGGAAAUGGAUAUGUAGUCCAUCUAUGCUACUCUCUCGAUUUGCUCUUGCUGCAACCGAACUGAAUGGAGUCAUCUAUACAACUGGUGGCUAUGAUGGAAGCGUGUACUUGGAAUCAGCAGAAAGGUAUGAUCCAAGGGAGGGCUUCUGGGUCCGGCUUCCAAGUAUGAGUACUAGGAGAGGAUGCCAUGCCUUAACUGUCCUAGGAGACGCCUUAUAUGCUAUGGGAGGAUAUGAUGGGGACAAAAUGGUUGCUAGCAUUGAGAUCUUUGACCCUCGUCUCAACAGCUGGAGGAUGGGCGAUCCCAUGAACAUCCCAAGAGGAUAUGCUGGUGCCGUUAAUCUUGAUGAUAACUUGUUCCUAAUUGGUGGGAUGCAGUCCAAUGUGCAGAUCCUGGAUACUGUGGAAGUUUACAAUGCGAGCUCUGGCUGGUCAGUCCUUGGUUUUGGUUCAAUUGGAAAGAGGUCCUUCGCAUCUGCUGUAGUCCUGUAAUUGCUAGUCACAUAGUCAGGAGUUUAGGGUUCUUAUCAUCAAAUUUGUAACAUCACAUCCAUUACAAGGAUCGGUUGACGUAACUUGGGGUAAACUACCCUUCUGAAGCGUUCUGGUUGUGAACAGCGAGAAUUAGCAUGGUAGGAGGAUGAUUGACGGGGUGGUCCAAUGUAUAUAUAACCUUUACGCUCUCCUUUUACAGACUAGGAACUAUACAUUUACUGGUUCAUGUGGAUGAACCCUUUUGCCUAAUAGGAAUGCCCAAACUCAAUGGAGCAGAAUGCAAAAGAAUCUUUUCUGCCAAUUUCA